UCUUCUUUAUAUCGAACUGGAAGUUCUUAUAGGCUAAUUCUAGAGAUAUGGAAAAUUUUCCUCUCUUUCUAUGUGAAGUUCUUUUCACUUAUUUUUGAUUAACAAAAGUGCUGAAGUGACUGUAUGGUUUAUUUCUUAGAAAUAAAAUCUGAUUAAAAUUUUUAAGGUUCAGCAUAGCAUCUGGAUCUGUCCAGGUAUUGUUAUUUUAUUCUAAAUUUUAGUGAUGAAAAAUAUUGAAAGCAAGACUGACUUGUUGGAAAUGGAACUUCCAUUAAUCCUUUUUGUUCUUUUAGGACAAAGCUAUAUGGAGACUAGUUUAUAAUAGAUGGAUUUGCUGGUAGAAGAAAGGCAUCACAUAGGCAAUAGUUUUCAUGAAAAAAUUAAGAGAUAUUUCGUGGAAUGUCUGUGGAUUGUACUAUGUCACUUCUGUCUUCUGUUGCAAGUCUUCUUAACAUUGCUGUUAAUAUGCCAAUAGAUUCCUAGAUAUUUUUGGAUUCACUUAGGGUUUAUAUCAUCUGAAGGAUGUUUCAAUGUGGGGGGGAAAGGCCAUCCUAAGAACUUAAUGUGCCUCCUUUUCAUGUUGUUUCAGCAUUCCUUAAUUCUCUGGCCAACAUUUAAUUUUCUGCACUGGAAGACAAGAAAAAAGCAGCAGUAUCUUCAUGUAUUACUGUGAUUAAUAAUCUAAUUAAUACUUUCCUAAUCUCACUUUGUCAUGUAGCUAAUCUUUCUAGUGUCUUAAAAAAGAAAUGUGUUUGGAUUUAUGAAUAUCGUUCAUAGGAAUGUCUCUGUUUUAAAAAGUAAUUUCUCUUAGGACAGUGAUUGAAAGAAGGCUAAGAGAUUGGCAGGUAAUACUGAAAUGGCUUCAUAACCCCCAGCACCUCAUUUUAGAGUCCCAUACAGAAUGUGAAGGAUGUCAUUCACCUAUCAGUUGAUGCCUUAAGCUUCGACAUGACUUAAAAUGAACAAUCAAUUUUAAAAAACCAAAAACCCACAAAACAAAACCAAAACAAAAACACCCCCCAAAAAACCCAACUGAAUAAAACACCCCAAAAACAAAGACACAGAAGAAACCCCAUCAGAUCCUCCCACAUCCACUUGGAAAUAUGUCCUUAGCCUAAAGAUUGCUGAAAACGGUCUAGAACUUCAAAAGCUCAUGCAUUAUGCAUGCAUUAAAUACAAUUGGAGCUAGCUACUGCAUAACCAAAUAAGCCAUAUUUUGUGCAUGGAUUAAAAAUGGCAUAAUGUUAAACUUGACGGUUUUGAUUGUCCUCUGAGGAAUUCAGUUGAGAUAGGAACAUUUACAGUAAUACAUGACUCAGUCAUUCCAGUGAAUCUGUCAUUACUUUAGCCAUCAUUUUAUAUGAUGUUUUGUCGUUCAUUCUAGUCUCACAGUUUAAAUUGUAGAUGGAGAAGCAUUUGAAUUUUGUCAUUCCUAGUUAAGCCAUGCCUGUUUCAGCUGAUGAAACUGUGGGGAACCUUGCUGUGAGAGAUACAGUCCUUACUCCAGCUGGAAUUGAAGGAUUACAAGAAUCAUCAUCUACACAGAAUGUAAAAGCUCGACAAGUCAUAUCAAGAAUCGGUCGAGAGGAACUGGAGGACAGAUUUCUUCGUCUACGUGAUGACCAUAUCCUACUCAAACAGUAUGCCAAUAAGCAAGAGGAGAAAAUUAAAAGAAUGACCACCAAGUUAAUACGGCUCGUUAAUGAUAGAAGAAAAUGUGACCAGGCUGGCUCUGGACCCAAGCGGCUGGGUCAGGCUCUGGAGCUGGAAGAAAUGAUUGAGCAUUUGCGAGAAAAAGUCUGUGAGCUUGAGAAACAAAAUGAGAGCCUCCGCAACAAACUCAUUUCAACUAAACAGCAGCUCCAGAUUCAAGGCCAUAGGCCUUGUCAGUACAGCUCCGUUCAGUCUCGUGUGAACACUGGUCUGAAAAAAGAGAGUGAGACUGCUGGCAUGCCAGAGCACACCAAGAAGGGAAUGAGAUUUCAAGGUUUAGAAGUGAGAUCAUCUGACCUUGUGCUUCCUAAAUAUGGACAGAGUCUGCUCGAGGAUUCAAGAGCUGAAAUCAGAAAUUUGGAGACUGUCAUUGAGUCCCAAAAGAACCAAAUUGAGGAAUUAGACCGUGCCAGAGAGAUUCUUGGGAAUCAACUAAGAAGGAAAGAAAAGGAAAUUGAAGAAUCCACCCUACGGCUGAAAGAGCAGGGUACAGCAAGCCAAAGGCUAAACAUUCAGGACAAUGUGGAAAUGAUCAAAGUCCGUAAACAGCUGGCUGAGAAAAGCAAUGCUCUUUCAGCAAUGGAAGGAAAGUUUCUCCAGCUUGAAGAGAACCUAAAGAACUUGAAGACCAACCAUGAUGCUUUAUUAGCAAAAGGUGAUGAACUGAAUGUUCAGCUUAAAGAGGAGCGGUUAAAGUGCUUUCAUCUUCAAAAAGAAUUGCAGACAGUAACUAUUUCAAACAGAAGGACAGAAGAGUUACAGGAAAGAAUAAAUGAUCUAGAAAAUGAGAACAAACUGUUGAAGGAAAACUAUGAUAAGCUGCAUAACAGUGUCUUCAGUCUGCCCCAUGAACAGCAGUGGAAGUCAAAGGAACAGCAACUGAAACUGCAAAUUGCUAAACUAGAGGCAGCUAUCAAAAAUGAUCUAGCAGACAAAAAUGAAAUCCUUGACAAGAUCAAAGUAGAAAGAGACCAAAAGGAAAAGCUGAUGCAAGACAACAAAGACCUGCAGUUGCGCUACCUGGAACAAAAACAGCAACUAGAUGAUCUGAAAAAUCAAGUGAAGUGUUUAACCAAGGAUAGAAAGCAACAAAAGAAUGUGGACCUUCUGUUCUUGGAAAAAGUGGAAGAUGAUAUCCAUAAAGAUGUAGAAUACUCCAUGCAGGAGCUGCAGUUAACACAUGUGGAAACUGUGCAAGAACUUGAAAAGACAAGGAAUUUGUUACUUGUGCAGCAUAAAAUUAGCAAAAAUUACCAGACUGAAGUAGAAACAAUGACAAGAAAGAUGGAAAGUCUACAGAAAGAUUAUGAGUUAAAAUUGGAACAGUAUACCCAUCUUCUCGAUAUUAGAGCUGCACGUAUCAGAAAACUAGAAGCCCAACUAGGAGACAUUGUGUAUGAUACAAAACCACUUAAGUCCAGACAAGAAGUAUUGCUGAAUGAUCCAGUGUGUGGAUUUGUUGAAACUGUUCAUUUAGAAAGAGGAGAGAACCUUUUUGAAAUUCAUAUCAGCAAAGUGAUCUUCUCUUCUGAAGCUAUGCACACUUUUGGUGACUGGGAACCUGCAACCUUUUGUACUUACGCGUUCUAUGACUUUGAACUUCAGAUAACCCCAGUAGUUCAUGGGAAGACCCCAUCAUAUGACUUCACUUCUCAGUUCCUUGUGCAGUCUGAUGAUAGCUUCUUUCACUAUAUACAGGAAAACAGCAUCACACUGGAGGUUCAUCGUGCGUAUGGCAUAGAUUAUGAAACAAUUGCUUCUUGUCAGCUUAAGUUCCAGGAAAUCUUGGAAAAGGAAGGCAAGAUCUACAACACAGCAAAUUUAGUUGGAAAAACAGGACACAUUCAAAAUUAUGGUACUGUAGAAUACUGGAUCAGGUUGCAAGUUCCUAUGGACCAAGCUAUUCUUCCCUACAAACAGAGGUCAAAGGAUCUGGGAUAUGGGAUAAUGCCCAGUUUUAGGAAGCAUGAACAACCAUCCAAGACUCCAACACUCAAAAUGAAGCAUCGUGCAGCUCAAGCACACAAGAGAGUCUCUUUUCUGGAUCUUAGUGCAGUACAGAUGGCACAUGUGGUGCAGGAUGCUAAACAGCUGUUGGGUGACAAAGUGAAGGACAUGGCUGAAGAAAUUCAGCAGGAAAAAGAAGAGCUUUCUCAUCUGUCAGAGGAGCAAUUGGCUGACCUAACAUUGGUUACUUCUAGAGAUGAGACAGAAAUAAUUGAAGAAUUGGAACCAGAAGGUCAAGAAGAUCAUCAAGAGGAUGAUGCUGUUGAAUCAAUAAAAACUGAUAGUGAUGACUGUAUUAUUUCAAGUCCAGUAUCCACAAAUAUUAAACAGCUGAGUCAGAGUAUACAUGGCAAUUAUUUGGAAGUUGAAAAAAUCCAGAUUAAAAUUACAUCACUUGGUCUUACUGAGUCACGAAUAACAGCAGAUGAAACAAUACAGCAGCUGUUUGUAGAAUGCAGAUUAAACAAUUUCCUUGCAGAGGAGACCCCACUGUCACUUCCAAAACCACCUAGUGGUCAGAGAAUUCACUAUAACUAUAGCACUGAUAUUUUGGGAAAUACUAAAAGUGAUUUUUAAGAAAUGAGGUAAGUAUGCAAUUAUAUAGUAUACAAUGAAAUGCUGAAGGAGGCUGGUAUAUAAAAUGGUAACACCACAACAUAUUUAAAUGUGCUGGUACUGCAUAAAUUUCAUAAUUAGACUGUACAUAACUAAAAUCUAUAUAUUCUUUUCAGAAGAGCAUGAUGAUCUAAUUUUUCUGUCAGUACAUGAUGAUACAUCUUAGCAAAAGGAAAACAUUCUAACCUGUACAUCUAAAACCUAGUUGAAAAGAGAGAAUAUGUAAUUGGACUUCAUCACUACUUGCAAAUACUCAGUGUUCUUUUAAUGACAACUUUUUAAUAGGGGAACUAAUUAAUCCUUGUUUCAUACUAAUACAUUGCCAAUUAAUACUUUAUAUUUACACUACUGGCGUACAUAGAACUAUUGUAAUAAUUUAAAAUUCUCUUGUUAAUUAUUUCCGCAGCUAUGUCAUCAUAUUUCAAUUAACUUCUUCUUUCUGGUAGAAUUUUCUUUCUUUUAAGAUUCCAAGUGCCUGAGUGCUUCAGUCUUGGACUUUUAGCUGAGAUUAUUCUGUAGUGGGUGAAUCAGGGUUAGGGUUGGGGUUAUUGCUAUUUGUGACAAACCCUUAGUACAGACAUUCAAAUUAAGCAUUCUUUUAAAAAUAAUUACGUAAAAGUGGCUUUGCAGAAACGGUGUCUUAGUCAGAUCUUUAAAAUUGCUGCCAUCUACAAACCUGGUUUUAGAAUGCAACUUCCCAAAUAAUUCACUCAUUUAGAUCUUCCUCUUACUCAUAGACUAUUGGAUUGUUCCAUGUGUAGCUGAAGACUGAAAUUAAUCUGAAAUGUCACAUCAACAACUGCUAUGUUGGCAUUGCCCACUUGAGAGGGAAUAUAAAUGACAGAUUUUUUCCAGUCCAUUGGUCUGAAGAUUUCUUCUAUUGAAAUACUGCGGCAGGAAAGGAGGAUUGAAUUACUGAGGCUGUCAAAAAGGAUAAGCACUUUGCCAUACAUUCUCAUUAUCUCCAGCUUCCUUAGUGGAAGAAAAUACAGUAAAUCACUUCAAAUACAAAGCAGUAAAGACCCUUUUAAAAUCAUGGCUUUUAAAAUCAUGGCUGCUAUUGUCGUUAAUAGAAAGUGGCAGCUCUGUGACAUGCUUAGAUUCUGCUGUUGUAUCUUUUUUGACAGUGUUCAUAUAAACCUGCCAGUGACACACCAGUAGAUCAUGAUUCUACCAUUUGAUUCUAACAUUGUUGUUUUUCCUUAGAAAAGAAAAUGAAAUGAACAUUUAUUUUAUUUUGUUCUUUUCUUCUAAUAGGUGAAAAAUGUUUUUUUCUUCUACUAGGUGAAAAACAAUUGAUAACCAGCUAUAUUAAUUUAUUUGU